GGGCGUCACAAGUUUCAUGCAGGGGAAACGUUUCUAACACGAGCAGCAACGCCAGUAGAGAGACGGAAAGAGACAGAGAGAGACAGGGAUUGCAUACCACGUUUCUCUUCACGCGAUCUUCGUUUACCAUCCCUUGUCUUCUCCCCUUUCAUUCAGUAGAAAACCCUAUAUAGUUUUCCUCAACUACAAGGAUAAUUCCAUCGGCUUCCCUAGAUCUGUUGCCGAACUAGGGCUGCAGAUCUCUCUCUCUCUCUAUCAUCAAUCAGCCAUGGCAUGCAUAAAGGGCGUUUCCCGAUCAGCUUCAGUCGCAUUCGCGCCCGACUCCCCCUACCUCGCGGCGGGGACGAUGGCUGGGGCUGUCGACCUGUCCUUCAGCUCAUCGGCAAAUCUCGAGAUAUUCAAGCUCGAUUUCCAAUCGGACGAUCGGGACCUCCCGGUCGUCGCUGAAUGCCCUAGCAGUGACCGCUUCAAUCGUCUCUCCUGGGGCAAGACUGGAUCCGCCACCGAGGAGUUCUCUCUGGGGCUUAUCGCUGGAGGGCUUGUGGAUGGCAGCAUCAACAUUUGGAAUCCACUCACUCUCAUCCACUCAGAUGAUGUUGAUGGUGCUCUAGUUCGACGCCUUCAGAAGCAUUCAGGACCUGUUCGUGGUCUGGAAUUUAACAUUAACUCUCCAAAUUUACUUGCAUCUGGAGCUGAGGAAGGAGAACUCUACAUUUGGGACCUGUCAAACCCAGCAGACCCUACUCACUACCCACCUCUCAAGAGUGUUGGAUCUGGUGCUCAUGGUGAAGUUUCGUUCCUAUCAUGGAAUCACAAGGUUCAACAUAUAUUGGCAUCCACCUCUUACAAUGGAAUGACUGUGGUUUGGGAUUUAAGGCGGCAAAAACCAGUAAUAAGUUUUUCAGAUCCAAAUAGAAGGCGGUGCUCUGUUUUGCAAUGGAACCCUGAUCUUGCGAUCGAACUUCUUGUAGCAUCAGAUGAUGAUAGUUCACCUGCCUUGAGGCUUUGGGAUGUGAGGAACACAAUGUCGCCUCUGAAAGAGUUCGUGGGGCACAGCAAAGGUGUAAUUGCAAUGUCAUGGUGUCCAAAUGACAGUUCCUUUUUGCUUACUUGUGCCAAAGAUAAUCGGUCGAUUUGUUGGGACACAAUUACUGCAGAGAUGGUAUGUGAGUUGCCGGCUAGCACCAAUUGGAAUUUUGAUAUCCACUGGUACCCAAAGAUACCUGGAGUUAUAUCUGCAUCUUCUUUUGAUGGAAAAAUUGGCAUUUACAAUCUUGAGGCUUGUAGUAGAUUGACAUCUGGGGAAUUUACUGGAGCUUUGUGUAGUACAGGCUCUUUGGUGCAUUUGAGAGCUCCGAAGUGGUUGAAACGUCCAGUGGGGGCAUCUUUUGGCUUUGGAGGCAGGCUUGUUUCAUUUCAUUCUAGUUCAUCAACUGCAGGUGCUUCCUCUGGAACCUCUGAGGUUCAUGUCCAUAAUUUAGAUGCUGAACUCAGUCUGGGGAGUCGCUCUGCUGAAUUCGAAAAUGCAAUACAGAAGGGGGAAAGAGCUUUAUUGUGGGUUUUAUGUGAUAAAAAAUCUCAAGAGUCUGAAUCUGAAGAUGAGAGAGAAACAUGGGGCUUCUUGAAGGUUAUGAUUGAGGAUGAAGGGACAGAUAGGACAAAGCUGCUCAUACACUUAGGUUUCAGUGUCCAUACUGAAGGAAAUGAGAAUGUACAUGGUGAAAAUGGCAAGGAAAUAACUCACAACCUUGGUUACGAAGAAAUGAACACAAAUAAAACAGGUUUAGUGGAAGAUGGGGAAGUGAGUCUUUAUCCUACUGAUAAUGGGGAGGAGUUCUUCAACAAUCUCCCAAGCCCUAAAGCAGAUCCAUCAGUUUUACCUGGUAGUGAUGGCUUUAUUGCGGAAGAUGGUGAAAUACCCAAUGGAGAAGAAGCACAACAAGGUUUGGAAGGACAUGGACAGGGCUCUGUCUCUUCAUUUGAUGAGGCUAUUCAACGAGCUUUAGUUAUUGGAGAUUACAAGGGAGCAGUUUCACGGUGCGUCUCUGCAGAUAGAAUGGCUGAUGCUUUGGUGAUUUCCCAUGUGGGGGGCACUGCCUUGUGGGAAAGCACUCGGGACCAGUACCUCAAGAAAAGCAAUUCUUCUUACUUAAAGGUUGUCUCAGCAAUGGUUAACAAUGAUCUGAUGAGCCUUGUAAAUGCCAGACCUCUGCACUCUUGGAAAGAAACGCUUGCCCUUCUUUGCACGUUUGCACAAAAGGAGGAAUGGACUCGUCUGUGUGACACUCUGGCUUCAAGACUAAUGACUGCGGGUAACACGCUUGCUGCAACUCUCUGCUAUAUUUGUGCCGGUAAUAUUGACAAAACAGUAGAGAUUUGGUCACGGAAUCUGAAGUAUGAGCAUGAAGGGAAAACCUAUGUUGAACUUCUCCAGGGUUUAAUGGAAAAAACUAUUAUCCUUGCUUUGGCAACUGGACAGAAGCAAUUUAGCACAUCUUUAUCAAAGCUUGUUGAGAAAUAUGCUGAACUUCUCGCAGGCCAAGGGCUUCUAACAACUGCAAUGGUGUACUUAAAACUUUUGGGAUCAGAAGGACCCUCUCAUGAGCUUGCAAUCUUACGAGAUCGAAUUGCACUCUUUGUACAAGAGACAGAAGCACCACAAAUUUCGCCAUCAGAUAACACUCAACUGCAAACAAAACCUAUUUAUGGUGCAGAUCAAUCUGGUUUUAGUGUAGUUGGUGGUUCUCAACAUUAUUAUCAGGACAAUAUGCAACUGCAGCAGCAUCAGAGUGUCUCCAGCAGUCCUUAUGGUGAAAGUUACCAACAAUCUUUCAGUGCAUCGUUUGGGGGAGGGCGGGGAGGAUAUCAACACAUGCAGCCGAAACAACAGUUCCAAGAGUACCCUACUUCAUCUUUUCAGCCAGCAACAUUCCCCCAAGUGUUUCUCCCAUCACAGCCAUCUCAGGUUCCACAGGCCAAUUUUGCCCCCCCUCCUGUCACUACACAGACACCGGUUGGGUCAUUUGUUCCUUCAACACCAUAUGCGCAAUAUCAGCAGCCUGCAUUGAGUUCUCAGCCGUACCCAGGAGCGUCUAACCCAGCAUACCAAGCUGGGCCACUUGGAUCUGCUUCACUAGGUGCUGGCCCGUCUCAAAUGGGUUCACUUCCUGGCCACAGGUUGCCUCAAGUUGUGGCACCUACCCCCACACCUCACAGUUUUAUGCCAGUAACUAAUCCAGGCUUUGCUCCAAGGCUGGGCAUGGGUCUGAUGCAACCACCUAGUCCAACUCAGUCAGCUCAAGUGCAAUCUGUGGUCGCACCUCCAGCCCCACCACCUAUGGUUCAAACAGCUGAUACUUCAAAUGUGCCUGCUGAGCUGAGGCCUGUCAUCACUACAUUGACGAGACUUUACAAUGAGAUAUCAGAGGCACUUGGUGGUUCACGUGCAAAUCCAGCUAAAAAGCGUGAGAUGGAGGACAAUUCAAGGAAAAUCGGGUCCUUAUUUGCAAAACUUAAUAGUGGGGACAUAUCUCCCAAUGCCGCCUCUAAGCUCAGUCAGCUCUGCCAAGCUUUGGACUCGGGGGACUUUGCUGGCGCCCUACACAUCCAGGUUUCAAGGAUGGUUUUGUGGAAUAGUUUGCAAUUUACAAUGGCUAUGCAUGUGAACAACUUGCAGUGGCAUUUUGUUCGGAUGUUGAUGGCACAGUAUUGUGUGAGGAAGCUACUUCCAUUGACUUCGGAAAUGAGGGAAGAUGACAUGGUUUUGGAGAUCCAAACUAUUCAUUGCAGUCCACUCAACUGCAUUCCAGUGGGGUCAUAUCAACCCAAAGAUUCUAAUGAGUUGACACUUGAUUUGAUAUGUAAUAAUUGAAUUAGAUUAAUUUUAAGUAGUAAGUAUUUGCAAUAGUUUCAGACACUACAAGAAAUUACAAUAAUAAUAAUCUAAGUUGUCCAAAUUAAACAAAUGCGCUGGUCUAUGGUGGUGUUUGUCAUGGAUUGUUCAUUUGGAAGACCAGGCUAGCAUUCUUAAGGAUGGAGUGAUGCAACUAUACAAUGGAUCAAAAUGGGGAGGCUGAAGGUGACUUGUUUGCCUGGUCAAAUCAAACAUUCAAUUGGACGAGCCUCUUCACUUCCCGGAUCCAAUGGCAUUGGGUGACAGCUGAUGAGCAUGGCCUUGAUCGAAUAGUGCACAUCAUGAUUGGCAUAUAAUCUCUCUGCACAUUUCGUCCUCUCUCUCUCUCUCUCUCUCUCUCUCUCUCUCUCUCAUACGCACAUACACUUGUUGUGAACAAUGCAUUCUUCUCCAAUGGUAGCUCCUCCUAUCUAGCGUACACGUGCCGGUUGUUCCUCAGUAGUUGUACAGCAUUCAUUUCCUUUGUGAUCAUAACUCAAGCACCCAACAACCAUGGUUUAAUAAAAAAAUUCAUUUGAACCAUGAGAGAGUGAACCUUUUGUGCACAGAACACACGGGUUCAUCAUGGAAAAAGACAAUGCUACCAUAUGGUAGAUAAAAAGCAACUCGUGUCUAACACAUUGUCGUGAGAAGCAUGCACAUCCACAGGUGGGAGUCAAUUCCCAAGAUUGUACUAACACGAACGCCUCCUGACAUAGGUCAGGGUAAAUUACAAUGCCCAUCUUCCUCCCAUUGACUAAGUAAGACAACCAUCUUAAGUCACUUGCUGUGUGGCACAAAUGCGUUUUAGGGAUCUUUGUGAGCUGAUUGAUCAAGUUAUCUACAUACAUUGCUUACAUGCACCUUUUGAUUGGUAUCUUCUGUGUAAGGCCUUAGAACCAAUUAAUUUGGUGAUAAAAUAUUCACAGUAGUAAUUCUACCCUUCAUCACACUCCUAACCAAGCGGAAUAAGGACAUAUCCUUCUUUAAUUUCAUUAAUGCGAUUAGGAGAAUUGUACCAAACUUGUGACUCAUCAGAUGCCACCAAGUGAUACAACCAGAGUGGUUGCUCUCAUCACAACUAUUUAGUACUUGAUAAUGAAAGAUAUAAGAUUAAGAUAUGUGAUGAUAAUAUACUGUACAUGGUCAUAAUUCCAUCUUAUGAGAUCUCCAUGAGGCACCGGUAAAGACUUGUACUCAAUUCCUUUUAAUGGAAUUCAUGUGACAGUUGCACAGUAUUUUUCUCAAGGUUUUCGGUUGGAAUCCAAUAGCAUUCUCCCUAACAUACUAACAUAGAAUAACUUAGAGAAUUGAGAGAAUCAAUCGCAUCUCCGUCAUGAAUUACAUACAUGACGAUAGAACGGUGCAAAGUGGAUCUAAAGAGGAUUAACCAAUUAUAUAAAAUAUUAAACCACCAUUUUUCAAAGGAACAACUAAUCAGUUCUAAUGAAAUGAAGUCUUAAUUUAAAAUUUAAAAAUAAUAAUAAUAAUAAAAA